CCAGCUUUGACUUGCUGUGCACAUUCGGUCAACCAUAACCACCAUCACCACCAACAGCUUGGGUACUAACAAUAGCAGGUUCGCAACGCCGCCACCAACUAUCUCUCAACUUCUAUGGAUACACACAGAGAUUCCCUCUAAUCAGAUUCAUUGCGCGUUGUAUCCAAGAUGACUUCAGAGGCGGACAAGUAUGAGGUGCUGGAGAAAAUCGGUCAUGGCUCCUUUGGAAUCAUCCGAAAGGUUCGGAGAAAGGCCGACAGCCUCGUCAUGUGCCGGAAGGAAAUCAGCUAUCUCAAGAUGUCGCAAAAGGAGCGCGAGCAGCUCCACGCCGAGUUCCAGAUCCUCUCGACCCUCCGUCACCAAAACAUUGUCGGCUACUACCAUCGCGAGCACCUCAAAUCCACUCAAGACCUCCACCUCUACAUGGAGUACUGCGGCAAUGGCGACCUGGGUCGCGUCAUCAGAGACCUGGCCGUAAAGGGACAGCGCGCGCAAGAGUCGUUCGUGUGGAGCAUCUUCUCGCAGCUGGUUACUGCGCUCUACAGAUGUCACUACGGCAUUGACCCUCCCGAAGUCGGCAGCAACGUGUUGGGCCUCUUCAGCACAGCUUCCAAGCCAAAGACGCCCCCCGGCACCAUGACGAUCCUGCAUCGCGAUCUGAAGCCCGAGAAUGUCUUCCUGGGAGAGGACAAUUCGGUGAAGCUUGGCGACUUCGGUCUGUCCAAAAUGAUUCAGUCUCACGACUUCGCCUCGACCUACGUCGGCACGCCCUUCUACAUGUCGCCCGAGAUCUGCGCCGCCGAGAAGUACACCCUAAAGUCCGACAUCUGGUCUCUGGGAUGCAUCAUCUAUGAACUCUGCGCUCGCGAGCCCCCCUUCAACGCCAAGUCGCAUUUCCAGCUGGUCCAGAAGAUCAAGGAGGGCAAGGUGUCGCCCUUGCCUAGCUGCUAUUCGAGCGAGCUCAUGGGUACCAUCAAAGACUGUCUGAGAGUCAACCCCGACCACCGCCCGGACACUGCACAGCUUCUAAACCUCCCGGUCGUCCGACUGAUGCGCAAAGAGAGGGAGGUCGUGGAGCUCAACAAGGUCAUCAAAGCCAAGGAGGAUACGCUGGCGCGUCGGAUGAAGGAGUUGGAUGAGAAGACUGCUGCCUUUGAGGCCGACAAGGCCGCCGUCAGGCAAGAAGUAGACAGCUCGCUGCGGAGAGAAUGGGAGGUCAAAGCCCGCCUUGAGAUCGACCGCCAGAUCAACUCGGAAAUCGAAGCCCUCCGAAAGCGAUUCGAGAGCGAAGUGCAGUCUCGCGUCGAGGCAGAGCUGCAGAGAAAGACGGCCAGCAUGGCCAUCGAAUCCUCCCAGGCGCACGACCUCGACAGUUCUCUGACCAAGUCCGAGUACCCUCGAUCAUCGGUCGGCAACGGCAGCGUUGAUGAGGAACUGUCGACGUCGACGGACCUCACCGACAUCUCGACCGACAGCCCUAUCGCGAAUAAGAAGGCCACUCGCACGCCCUUCGGCCGAGCCCAGACUAUGUUUGUUGGCGGCAUGGGCACACCCAUGGACAUCGAGAUGGCGUCUCCAUCGCCCAUCAACAUUGCUUCCCUGUCGCUUUCUCCUCGACGCACCGCCGCCACUAGAGUACCGAACCUUAACAGCGGUAACAUCUUCUCCGAGAACGCCGGCGCGUCGAGCGAUCCAAUGUGGGAUCUUCAUCGCGAUACCAUCUGCAUUGACUCGGACGAUGAGGACGUCGUUCCCUCGCCGACGCGCAACAUCAAGUCGAGACAGAAUCCCUUCACAUCCAAGGACCGCCCUGUCCUGACGUCUCAGAAGUCGGUUCCCAUUUCGCGAGUCAAGCCUCAGUUCUCGGCGAACGGCCUGAACCAAAACAAGACACUGCCUACGCUGCCCAAUAUGGCCUCGAACCCCGACUUGGGCCGUGGCGUCCGCGAUCGAGGUCAGUCACCCUGCCGCCGGCUGAGUAAGAUUCCUUCGGCGGCGAACUUGACGGCUACGAGCGGCGGCGAAUCCCCGGGCGGUCUUUCCCGCAAGAACUCAACCAAGAAGGACCAGGAACCCCUUGGCAAGCUCGCUGCGAAGAACAACAUCAAGGGCAGGACGCUGGUUGAACUCCAGCAGGCCCGAGCAGGCGGCCGCCCCCUCUCGGCCGUCAUGUCUGGCGGCGAGAACAUCAGUCCUAAGAGGGCGUUCAAGGACCGCAUCGCGGAGCGUCGGGCCAGCGGCGGCGAGCCUGCUGCAGUUUGGGAUCCUGAGCGGGAUGAGAUGCCCAGUCCUUUCUUGGUGCGACGCAAGCCCAUGGCCAGAGUCUAAGAUGAUUUCUUUUCUGUUGGCAUAACACGAGCGUUGGUUUGCGAAGAGAUACCAAAGCAUGCACACGGUUCAUUCAUGGGAGGGAUUGUCUUUUUUUCCUUUUGUCUCCCCUGCUCCUUUGUCAUUACCAUCGUUUUCAUCACUCUCCUUUGUUCUGGCGGCACCGAAAAAAAGAAACAAGUCGGGAGACAGAAACACUCCGAUGGGAGUAAUUGUGGGUAUUAUACACACAACAAUCAUGAGUCCUGGUGAUGACCAGACGGGACUCUUGAUUUAUACACUUAUGAAGAUGAUUUUCAGAGGUGUUGGAUGGAAUUGGGUGUUGCCGGACUCGGCUGGGGGAGGUGUCAUUUACAUUGCGGAUGCCGCUACGGCGUUGAGGUAGAUUGUUUGUUGGCUACCUGUACAAGUUGCAUUAGGGUUGCAGGUGUACUUUUAUCAUGGACGAGACAAAUAUCCAUCUUUCAGUGUCUAUU